ACUGUCAAAUUUGCUCAGCUUCCUUUUUCCUACUCAGAAUCCAGGCUUAAAAGUUAGUUUAGGUUAGAGGAAACCGCCAGUGGAUCUGUGACGGCCAGCCCGUGUCUCUUGUAACUGAAGUAACGGACUACACUAGGAAGCCACAUGUUCUCAAGACGGCAUAAGACAGAGGGGUAAAAUAUAGGACCUCGGUUCCACUGGCAGGUCCAGCAUUCACUGCCCCUGUCUAACUGCCUUUGGGAAUGUGGUGGUGAGCAGCUUCCUAGAAGCACUGCAGAUUUUUAGAAGGUGACCAGAUGGAGGGCUCACCCCCUCAACUCCCGCCUACCUGGGACAAAAACACCUCCAGAAAGCGGAGAGCCUGGGCUCAGAGCAGAGGUCAGUGGCAGAAUGUGGAAGAGAACCUCGCAGGUACAGCCUCCGGUCCAGAUGCAGGUUUGAGUGCUGUGAACAAAGCUGAAGAUAACCUUAGCAUUCGAGCCAAGGGCACUGUGUCACGGAAACCGAGUCAGCCAAUGUUAUCAUGUAUCUCUCAAAUACUGGAAUUUUACAAGGAGGAUCCUGAAGACAUUCUGUAUAAUCUUGGCUUUGGAAUGGAAGAGCCAAAUAUCACAGCCAAAAUCCCAUCCCGCUUCUUCAGCUACACCUCUCAUGCGAAAGGAAUUAACUUCAGGGUCUUUUUAGAAGCUCAGGUGAAGAGGCUGGGGGAGGAAAAUCCCAGCUACACACUGGCAAGUCGUUUCCGGCAAAUUGAGGUUCUCACCACCAUGGCGAAUGCCCUGACCUCCCUGUACUCCCGUGUUUCCAAAACACCAGUGACGAAGAUUGGCCCUGUCCACGAGUUUUCCUUCAGUCCUGAUAAAUCCAACAAAUGGCAGGAAGGGAAGCUCCCGGGUGGCAAAGCAGUCCAGAAACUGAGGAAAACAAUUACUAAGUUAUGCUUGUAUGGAGCGCCCAAGGAGAUGGAAUAUUCAAAGCAAAAGAAAGAAUUUGCAAGCAAAAUGGCCUCAGGACUGGAUCAGUCUCAGGAGUGCACUAUGAAGACAGACUGUGUGAGAACUGAGCCUCAAGGCUCAGGAGAAGUUUGUGAACAGGCCUUCAGUUCAAGAGACAGUGAAAGAUCAGAGUCUCCUUGCCCGAAGGAGGAGGAAAGUCAGCACGCUAACGACGCCAUGACCAAAGAGACGUUGAAUGUGGAUACCGGGAGGUCCAAACAUCGCCCCGUCAGCACAAAAGCACACCAGACUCCGGAAAUAGAGAUUCCUAAUGAACAACUGGAGUGUUCUAAUCCUGUGCCAUCACCGCCAGAAAGAGACGCUGUCUCCAACUCUGGUGGGUCAGAGGAGCAGCAUGUAGAUACACAGGAGCAAACACAUCUCACUAUUUCACCAGAGCAACCAUAGCAACUCAAAACAUCAUCUGAAAGUCCAGAAUAUUGUGCAAACUGAUGUUUUGUGGGGACAUCAUACCAAAGUAUAAGGGUUGAUCUAGAAUCCUUUGAACAGUCAACAACAGGUUUCAUGGGGAUACACCUGAUGAGAAACUAAUGUACUUCACAUCAACAGGGAGUCAGAUACAAUGCUGCUUCCCACUCAUCACCAGCCUGGACAAAGAAACUUUUUCUUCCAACACAAACCAUAUGUGUUCAUAAAAAGGAGGCAAAAACAAGAGGAACCAUUAAGGAACCACAACCAGCAUAUUGCAACAAACAAUCUGCUGGAAGAACUCAGCGGGUCGAGCAGCCCCUGCAGGAGGUAAGGAAUUGUUGAUGUUUGGGGUCGAAACCCUGCAUCAGGAUUCAACCCUGCAUGAGACUCAGGUUUAGCCCUGAUGCAGGGUAUCGACCCAAAACGUCGACAAUUCCUUUCCUCCUACAGAUGCUACUCAACUGUGUUCUUCCAACAGAUUGUUUAUUGCUCCAGAUUCCAGCAUCUGCAGUCUCUUGUGUCUGCACUGUUAAUGAGCUGGUUUCCAAGCAGCAAGGGUGGUGGUGUGAGAAUUUGACAUUCUCCAUACGAGCAGAUGUUCACCAACGCUUAAUGAUCCAUAAAACUGUAGGAUAGCAAUUCUGCACCAGGUCCUUCAAAGAAAAAUCCAGUUACUUCCCUCAUCCCUGUUCUUAUCCCAAAUCCUUGUGAUUUUUCAUUAUUUUUGAACUUUCCUGCUGAAUCCAUAUCCAAGACCAGAUCACCACGUCCCCAUAUCCUAACACCCUUUGCAAAAAUGAUUUUUUUUAUCCUCACAUCACCUCUGGUUCUUCUUAUUAACACCUUACUAGAAGAGAAAAGUAAGGUUUCUGCUGCACUCUCACGAGUCAUCACCUCUUCUAAAAAUCUCUGGGGGGCUUUGUAAUUUACAGUGGUAACUACACAGCGGUAAAUCAAAGCAGUAGGUAGAGCUGCUGCCUCACAGCUCCAGUGACUCAGCUUCGAUCCUGACCUCCAGUGCUCUCUGUGUGGAGUUUGCACGUUCUUCCUGUGACUGCCUGGGUUUCCUCCAAGUGCUCCAGUUUCCUCCCACAUCCCAAAGACGUAUGGAUCAGUAGGGCAAUUCGCCACUGUAAGUCGCCCCAAGUGUGUAGGAGGGCAGUGGGAUCUCGGGGGAAAUCGGUGAGAAUGUGGGGAGAAUAAAAGGGGAUGAGUGUAAAUGGGUGCUUGAUGGUCGGCAUGGAUUCAGUGGGCUGAAUGGCCUAAGCUGUAUGAUUCUGUGACUCUAUGACUUCAUAAUUACAUCAUUAGUUGUAAAGUGCAUUAAAAGACUUAUUUUUUAAAAUGG